GUGUGCCAUGGUGCUCAAGUGGAUGCCAAAGGGCAGCUUGCAGGAGAAAAUUCCCUCCCUCUAUCAUGGAGGUCCUGGGAUCAGGCUUAGCAGCAAGAACCUUUCCCCUCUGACCCAUCUUGCCAGUCCUGUUUUUUUUUUUUCUUUUAAAUUGGGUUCUAGGGAUCUGAACUCUUGCCAGAUCACUCACUUUACCUAAGCCUUCUCCCCGUGCCCUGAGGGUGCUUUGAGGAAGGAGAGAGAAGCCUUCAUCUGGGCAAAGUGGAAUGGGCCCUAGACGUGGAGAUGAAAAGGUUUAGAAUUUAGGGCGAGGAGAGAGGAGACAGAAAAAUAAGGGAUAGGAAGGUCUAAAAGUGGGACAUCCCACCUCUGGCCCACUAACUCCUCACUGUCUUCUACACUGAGUAGAUUUUAGCGAGGUGGUCACUGGCUCCACUGGGAAUGAAUUCCACCCUUCCCCAAGUGCAUCCCCAAGUGCGUGUUCCCUUCCUCUCACCGGGAAUCCCUCUUGCUCCCCAGUGCUUCCCCUGGAGAGACAGCUCCAUGAGGCCUCACGCUGGAAUCAGGUGGGGAGGAUGAAGGAACUGUUUGAGAAGAGGGUUAACAUCAGGGCUAGGAACCACGUAAGUACAAGUACAGAACGGUGCUGCCUCCAAUGGGACAAGUCACUGCGUCUGAGAAGGUGUGUUUGUGUGCACUGACCUGGCAGAGGGGGAGGCCCAUGUUCUGUCUUCAUCGCUGGAGCUGGCCUAAGGGUCAGGAUCCCAAUCCAGGCUUUGGCAAGUCCAGAGCUCAGACUUUGAGCCUGUGGGGCCCAUCUGGAAGGCCUAUCUAAGAAACAAAGGUGGGGAGGUACAUAUGGGCAGGAUUCUGGGGACCACGGAGGACCAGACUCCAGACACUGGGGAAUGAAUGUGAGCAGUUGAGUUCAGCUCUCUUAACAAGCCAUCCCUGCUUGUGUAAAAAGCUGCAGGAGGCACAGGCCCACGCUGAGAGUCCAAUAAUCAGACAGGGAAGCAGGGUCCCCUGCUGGGGAUGGGCAUAGAGGAAGAAGCGUGUCUUCUAAGUGGAUACUGAAGACAGGCCCGGAUACCAUGCAGGGUGACCCCUCUCUGACUCAGAACUUCUGGCUCGGAGGAACUUCUUGGAUGCUAUACUAAGGCUUGAUUACCAGGCAUUGGAUGCAGGACCCUCGAUUGCAGCAGAAGGUCCCCCGUCUAGAGGACAGUUUUCAGCACCAGCUCGGGCGGUGCGGGAAUAGUAACAAGAAUUAUAAGUGUGUCUGGUGUGUUCUGGUCUUCAUAGCACUCAGCAACCACUUCUUGGUGGCUGACAUUUAGCCCUGGAGAGCUGAGGAGAGUAGAAAGUACUGGCCCUGUGUAUAGUUCAAGGCUAUAGUGGGGCAGAGGCAGGUCACUUCAGGUCACACAGCACGUGCUUGCUAACUGAAGCUUUGGUCUCAGUUCCUGAACAAGUAAGUACCUGCAGGGAAGCAUGGCCUAGUAGUAUGAUAGUGCUUUGUCUGUUUGCCCAUCCAUCCGUUUGUCCGUCUGUCCGUCCAUCCAUCCAUCCAUCCAUCCAUCCAUCCAUCCAUCCAUCCAUCCACAAAUUAUGUUUACAUGCAUACUCACUGAUGUCUUCAUUCAUUCAUUAAGUGUAUUCCUUCAUGAACACUGGUUUAUUCAUUCAUUCACUAAGAAUUUAUUAAGAACAUAUCCUAUGCUAGUUGCUGGAAAACAGAGCAGAACCCAUGACAGCUGUGGUCCCAGCAAAGCCCACAAGCUAACUGUCUCAUUCCCACAGUACAGGGAGGGGACCAAGGGGCUUUCUUCCACCUGGAGGUGUCCCGGAAAAGCUUCCACGGGGUGAGCUGGAGUGAGGCAAAGAGCAGUGUUCCAGGUAGAGGGGAUGGUGUGGCAGAAGCCCCGAGAGGAGAGAGCUGGCGUCCAGAUAUUACACUGAAAAGUAGUGUUCCCUUGGCUGCCUCUCAUGAACUGAGACAGCAGAGAGGUGGGCUAUCCAGAGGAGGCUGGUGGCCCAGUCUGCUCAGAUGGACAGAGAGCCAGAAACCAGGAUAAACUCCCAGGGUGGUGGAGAGCGAACCAGACGGUCAGGCCCUUUCGGCUCAUUGUGAGGGUAGAACCAGACACUCGGUCUCCCUUGGGGACACUGAGAGCUGUCUUAGGUCACAUGUGGCUUCCCAGUAGGAAGAAAGAUUUGGAGCUGGGAACCAUCUGGCCUCUCUGAGAAGCAAUGGGGGCAGUGCCAGGCCACACAAGGGCUUGUAGGCUCAGGUUCAGGCGUUUGCCCCAAGAGCAGCGGGGAGCCAUGAAGAGUUUCAGGCAGGGACAGAUGGGUCCAGUCAGUGUAUCUUAUAUUUGUUUUGACUGUACCAUACCAGAGAAAAGGGACCCCAAGAAGGGCUGGAUUCCCCACCAGCUGGUCACCAGAGCCACCAAAAGCCCUUCCUCCCUGCAGGCCAGCUGUCUCUGUAGGGAGGAUGCUGGGGGCCAGCCAGGCAGGGUGGAAUGACAAGUUCCCUCUCCUCCUGGCAGGUGGGGAGAGUGGCCCUGCACUGGGCUGCAGGUGCUGGGCAUGAGCAGGCUGUGCGGCUGCUCCUGGAGCAUGGGGCCGCUGUGGACGACGUGGACUCGUUUGGGAUGAAUGCACUUCUCCUGUCUGCCUGGUUCGGCCACUUGCAGAUCGUGCGGAUUCUCGUCAACGCUGGGGCCAAGGUCCACUGUGAGAGCAAGGAUGGUCUGACCUUACUGCACUGUGCGGCUCAGAAAGGACACAUGCCUGUGCUGGCCUUUGUCAUGGAAGACCUGGAGGAUGUGGCCUUGGACCAUGCAGACAAGCUGGGAAGAACAGCAUUUCACAGAGCUGCGGAGCAUGGACAGCUGGAUGCUUUGGACUUCCUCGUGGGCUCUGGCUGUGACCACAGUGUCAAAGACAAGGAGGGGAACACGGCUCUGCACCUGGCUGCCAGCCGGGGCCACACAGCUGUGCUACAGAGACUUGUGGACAUUGGACUAGACCUGGAGGAGCAGAACACAGAGGGUCUGACCGCUUUGCAUGCAGCUGCUGAAGGGAUCCACACGGACUGUGUGAGGCUACUCCUCAGUGCCGGGAGCAACGUCAAUGCCCUCACCCAGAAAAAGCUGAGCUGCCUCCACUAUGCAGCCCUUGGUGGCUCUGAGGAUCUGUCCUGGGCACUCAUCAAGGCAGGCGGGUGCACAAACGUGGCUGACAGGCAGGGCACUGUUCCUCUACACCUUGCUGUGAGGCACAACUUCCCUGGCCUGGUCCAGCUCCUCAUAGAUGCCCACAGUGAUCUGGAUGCCACAGACAUUAGGCAGCAGACUCCCCUCCACCUCGCUGCCGAGCAUGCCUGGCAGGAUGUGGCUGAGAUGCUCCUCGUGGCUGGAGUUGACUUAAGCCUGCGAGAUAAGCAAGGAAAAACGGCCCUGGCAGUGGCCGCCCGCAGCAACCACGUUGGUCUGGUGGACAUGAUCAUAAAAGCUGAUCGCUUCUACAGAUGGGAGAAGGACCACCUUUCAUGCAGGGACACCAGCGACCCCGCUAGGAAGAACCUGACCUUUAAACAAGACCACCGGCAGGACACACAGCAGCUCCGCUCUGUGCUUUGGCGACUGGCCUCUCGGGGUCUGAGGCCCAACGAGUGGAGGAAACUGGCAUAUUCCUGGGAGUUCACGGAGGCUCACGUCUGCGCCAUUGAGCAGCAGUGGAUCGGAACCAGGAGCUACCAGGAGCAUGGUCACCGGAUGCUCCUCAUCUGGCUACAUGGUGUGGCCAUAGCUGGGAAGAACCCCAGCAAAGAACUGUUUGAGGGCCUUGUGGCCAUCGGCAGGAGAGGCCUGGCUGAAAGCACCAGGAAGAUGGCAAACGGAGAGCCCAGGGCCCCCAGGAGGUGCACAGCCAUGUGAGCUGUGGGAAUGGUGCGGGACCACGGUAUGGAAGAGGAUCCAUCUCAUGGUUUUUUGUUUUGAGACAGAGACUCUCUCAAUAUUCCUGGGGAGUCCUGGAUCGACCUUUACUUUGAACAGCCUGUGUGUUUUGAGACAGGGCCUCUCAUUGUCCUACUUAAACAGGCUGGCCAGUGAGCCCUGUGAUCCUCCUGGAUGUCCAAGCAUGUGCCCCUGCCCUGGUUUUUAUGUGGGUUCUGAGGGUUGAACUCAGGUCCUCACAUUGCAUGGCAAGUGUACAGACAGCCUUAUCCCCAGGCCUCUCACUGUCUCUUCGUUAGCCUAGAACAUCACAAAGCGUCCUCUGGAGGUGCAAGGGUGUCUUUACACUAGGGCUCCAAGGUCCAGGGAGGAGAAGCAGCUUGUCCAGGUCAUACCACAAAUCAAAUGGCAUCCAUCCAGCUUUCCUCCAACCCAGCCUGCAGGAAGGGCUGCAUUCAUCACCUCCAAACCAGACUGUCCUUAAGCCGUUCAGGACAACACAUUAAUCUCUAGUGCCAAACAGACAGAAGCGGCCAUGCUGAUCCCACGGCUGUAUUAUAAAGUCCGUUUGUAUGUGUUGACAGUCCGGGAGGCAUGUACUCUCCUUUCCUUCCCUCCAAGUGAAUAAUUGGAUAUAUAAUUUUAAAAUUUUUUAAAAAUCUUUUUUAUCUCUUAAUCAUUUCAGACUUAGCAAAAGUUGCAAAACAGUGCUGAGAAUGUUCAAGUUUUCUGCAUGAAGCUCCUGUAAAUGUUAAGUCUUACACAACUACAGUGUGGUUUUGUGAAAUCAGGAAGUUAGAGGCUGGAGAGAUGGCUCAGUGGCUGAGAACCCUUGCUCUUGCACAGAACCCUGCUUGCUCUGUUCCCAGCACCCACGUGGCAGCUCAUAGCUGUCUCUAACUCUGACUCCAGGUGAUCUGGCGCCCUCUGCUGGCCUCCAGCAUUACUGCCUGUAUGUGGUGUGUGCGUGCGUGCCUCUGUGUGUGUGUGUGUGUGUGUGUGUGUGCAUGUUUGACUCUGUGUGACGUGUGUUCAGGCAAACACUCAUAUACAAGAAAUCUUUCUGAAAAAAUUAGGAAACUAACAGUGCUUACAAACUAUUCUUUAAUCUCAGACCACGUUCAAGUUUUGUCAAUAUUUUGCCCCCUCCUGGAUUACUAUCUGGCCCUGGGUCACAGAGCACAUUUAGACAUUUUAGUUAUCACUCUGUUGUGCUUCUCUGGUGCUCUGGAAAUCGAAGGCAGGGUCUCACAUUUGCUAGUCCACUGAGUCAACCCUUCAGUAUUGUUUUUGUUUUAGGUAAAGUCUCUCUGGAAGCCCAAGCUGGCCUCAGGCUUGAGAUCCUCCCACCUCAGCCUCCCCAAUACUGGGAUUGCAAGAUGCACACCACCAAGCCUGCCCCCUGCCGCAUCUACCUACUUACUGUGUGUGUGUCAAUAGGAGGGAGGGCAGAGGGCAGCCUGCCAGUCAAUCCUCUCCCUCCACCUUGUGGGUCCUGGGCUUGAACUUGGGCCAUGAGACUUGAUGGCCAACACUUUCACCCACAGAGCCAUCUUGCUAGACUCCCCUUCCCUCUCUUAAAAGCUUUUCUUUUCAGAUUUAAAUUUUUAUUUUAUGUGUACGUUUUGCCCGCUUGUACGUACGAAACACCACAUCUGCGCCUGGUGCCCGAGGAGGCCAGAAGAGGCAUCGGAUUCCCCGAAACUGGAGUGACAGAGGUCACAAGCCACAGUGUGGGUCCUGGGAACUGAACCCCGAUUCUCUACAAGAGCAACAAAGCACCCUUCACUGUUGUGCCGUCUCUCAGCCUCUCACUUCGUCUUUAAUAGUCGCGCGAGAGGUAGAACAUGCUGCAUUGACAGGGAUGCUGGGAGCUGCCCAUCCAGGACGGCCCCGCUGGCCACGGUGGCCACUGAGACUGUGCAGUGGGCGAGGCUGAGGAACUGAAUUUUCUUCUCUUUUUUCCUCAAUUUUUCAAGAGGGUUUCUCUGUGCAGCCCUAACUGUCCUGGAACUCACUCUGUAGACCAGGCUGGUCUCGAACUCACAGAGAUCCACCUGCCUCUGCCUCCAGAGUGCAGGGACUAAAGGCUUGCAUGCAUCACUGCCACCAGGUCUAUUUUAUCCAGUUUUAACUACUGAAAUAAUAAUAGUGAACGAUGGUCUUGUUUUUCUUUGUGGCAGUACCACGGAGGAGAUUGCCCCUGGUUUUGCCUUGUCACUUGCCAUUUCCACUUCUCCAGUUAGGGGCUGUGACUGAGAUGGGGCUGGGGGUGGGAGGUCCUGGUCUCAGGUUGUCUGGAGCCCAGGCCAGACUAAAGGCCAAUAUCCGAAAGCUGCAAUGUCGCAGGUGGAGCAGGUUGGUCAUUGUCACCUCCUGCAGCUGUUCUGAGCCUUUCCUGCCACCUCCCCGCAAGGUUGCUUUAGCCACCAACCCACUAACCUUCCAUUUCUAGCCUGUUCUUCCUGUAACGUUAGUGGUUUAGUUGUAGACAGGGUCUCACCGUGAAAACCAGGCUGUCCUGGAACUCUCUGCAGAGACCAGGCUGGCCUCAAACUCACAGAGAUCGUUUUCCUUCUGCCUCCCAAGUACUGAGGCUCGGGACACACACCCCCAUUUCUUUUUUUCUGGACAAACAACUGACUGUCUCCCGGAGAUUUCUAAAAUAAAACCUGGUUUGUCUGCAUAUGGAGCAGGACAACAGCAGCGGAAAGGGGCAGCACAAGUCUUGUUAUGGAAAGAACUCCAAGAUCAAUUAAAUGGAAAAAAAUCAAUGUGUAACUGUGCUCUUGUUUGAGAAAUGAAAGUGAAUUUUUAAUUGCACAUGUUUGUAUAAAUAAAAGCCAGAUGAAGGCUCAGAAACUAAUAGAAGUGGUGUCCUUGGAGUGAGAGCCCAUGGGACUAGGGAAACGGUGGAAGAAAGAGGUGUUAGGGUUUCUAACUGUCCCUCGCUGUCCUAGAACUCUCUGUAGACCAGGCUGCCUUGAACUCAGAGAUCCACCUGCCUCUGCUUCCCAAGCGCUGGGAUUAAAGGUGUGCGCCACCACUGCCCGGCUGGGAGAAAGAACUCUUAAUGAAAUGAUGCGCUGUUUUAACUCUUCAAAUGUGCAGGUGCGUAAAAGAAUGUGGUGUCUGGAAAAGGUUAACCGGUGGACAGCAUAGAGACCAGCAGUCACUGGGGCUCCGUGGGA